CUCGUAUUAGUAAUCGGAGAUUUCCACAUUCCGGAUCGCACCGUUUGCAUUCAUUCUGCUUUUAAAGCCCUUCUCUCCCCUGGUAAAAUUCAUCACGUUUACUGCACGGGCAACCUUACAAGUCGAAUUAUCUAUGAUCAAUUAAAAUUUAUCUGUACAGAUGUCCAUGUUGUCAAGGGUGAUUUUGAUCAGGUAUUUUUGCCUUUCCCAGAGACUAAAGUUCUUACAGUUGGAAAUUUAAAAAUUGGCCUCACCCAUGGUCACCAAAUUGUACCCUGCGGAAACCGCGAAAGCCUUUCAAUGCUUCGGCGACAACUUAAUGUUGAUAUUCUAAUUUCUGGUCAUACCCAUAAAGCCGAAGCUUACCAAUAUGAUGGUGGCAUCUUCCUCAACCCAGGAUCUGUUACAGGGGCCUCCUCCCCCUUCCAACCGAACCCACAACCGACUUUUAUGCUCUUGGACAUCCAAGAUACCAUGAUCAACCUCUACACCUAUCGACUGGAAGGUGACGAGCACAAAUUCGAAAGGACGGAAUUUCCUCGAGGGGCUUAA